AUGGAUAUCAAUAAACGUGUCAUGUCACACUUGGACGCGAGUGAUUACAGUAUUCAGUUGAAUCGUUGGUUCCUAAAACCAGUGGGCGCUUGGCCACGUUCAGCCUCGACGACCAUCAAAGAAAAAGUGAUUUCAAUAGUACUGAUAAUUAUCUGUUAUUCAUUAAUAGCCUACACGGUCGUACCUUGCAUUCUGAACAUCUUGCUCGAAGAGACCGAUAUGCAUAAAAAGUUACAAGCUGUUGGUCCGUUAAAUCACUGGAGUAUGGGUGGCAUGAAUUACUUUUCACUGCUGUUUCGCAGCCGCGAUAUAUAUCGUUGCGUGGAGCACGUGAGGACUGAUUGGCUUAUAAUAACAGAUAUAGAAGAUCGGCAAAUAAUGCUGAAAUAUGCCAAAUUUGGUCGUUUUGUCGCUGGAUUGUGCGCAAUUUUCAUGCAUAGCGGUGUGUUCUCCCAUAGCGUGAUGCAGGGCAUCAUACCUACAUUUGUAUAUAUCGGGAAUGUGAGCGUGUCGAUACAUAUAUUACCGUGUCCCACGUACAGCAAGUUCAUAGAUAUUACGAAGAGCCCAGCGGGUGAAAUUGCGUUUACCGUGCAGCUCAUCUCGAGCAUCGUCGUUAAUUCCGUUACCGCCGGUGCCUGCAGUCUUGCAGCGGUGUUUGCAAUGCACGCAUGUGGCCAGUUGAAUAUACUGAUGAGAUGGCUGGACCAGCUGGACGAUCGAAAACAGCAGGAUAUGAUACAACAUCGAUUGGCAAUUAUUGUGGAGCACCAUCUGAGAGUAUUAAGCUUCGUGGCACGAAUGGAAGCACUUUUAAAUCAGAUAUGUUUUGUAGAAUUGUUAGGAUGUACGUUUAACUUAUGUAUGCUCGGAUAUUAUAUUAUUACGGGAUGGAAUACAAUAGAAACAAAAAUGACAAUAGCUUGUAUGAUGAUUAUAUAUAUAUCCAUGACUUUCAACAUUUUUAUAUUCUGUUAUAUUGGCGAAACGGUAACAGAACAGUGUAAACAAGUAGGAGAAAUAGCUUACAUGACUAAUUGGUAUUGUUUGCCACAUAAAACGGCUCGAAGUCUGGUCUUAAUUAUCUCCCGAUCGAGUAAUGUAAUCAAAUUAACUGCAGGGAAACUAUUUCAUCUUUCCAUCGCAACUUUUGGUGAUGUAAUGAGAACCUCCAUGAUAUAUCCAAAUAUGCUUCGAACCAUGACAGAUUCUUAG